CGACGACAUAAUAUGCUAAGGAAUCGGACGGAUCCUUGGGACUACAAUGUCGACCAGCUCCUGCUGGGGACCAUGCUCUUCACACUCGUCACUUAUCUCUUUCCCACCAUUCUGGUGUACUAUAUCUUAUUCGCCACAGCAAGUCUCAGCGUG